GAAAGAAAACGAAAAAAAAAUUAUCUGCGCAAUGCAAGAUGGAAUCCACCGUGCAGCAGCACGGUGGCCGUAUCAUGCACGUGCGGCCUACAUCCGAUGUCAGAGCUUCAAUUGCCGGGCCUCCACGGCGCCCUUUACUGAGCAGACAGUGGCAUACAAUGGGUGAAGAGUCAUACGGUCGCCACUUACAAGGCAAAAAAGCAGGUAUGUCAGCCAAGGAGAGGAAUCCCUAUAUUAAGAAAAAAGUCGAUGGUAAAAUAGCAUCUAAGGGAGCCUGGACAGGGUACGGCCCACUGCCACUAACUACAGAGGGAUCAAUGGCACCAAAACUACAUCAUGAAGUCGCAUUGGCCUGCUGUAAGCCGGCACUAGAUGAGGGCUGCCGGAGCAGCGCCUUGGGCGGUGCGUAGUGCUGCUGAUCUUGACGUUGUGGCCAAGAUGCUACGGCAGUCUGCCAACCCUGCAUAUUUGUUGUAUGAAGUAUUCGGUUACAGGGUGCCGUUGGUAUUCAGCCGCGGAUACGCCUAAGAAAGUGGUUAUGAAGACUGCCAAUGCGUGAACGAUGCGCGCCACAGAGCGAGUGGAUGGCUUGGCCGGUGAGCGAGGCCGUCGUAAGAGGCAAAGUGACGGAAGCAAAUGGUAAGUAAGUCUUGUUUUAUGAAACCUGAGCUGUCGCUUAUAACCAAAUGUGCCGAGUACUACUUAUACAGCGUCAUGAUGGUUGAUGGAUGGGCUGAUCGCAGGAGGUAACGGUCCGGAGCAGUACAGUAUAGUGCAGUGCCGCAAUACUCUCGUUAUGAAAAGUAGCUACUGCAGCUAUUGUGCCCAGCCGGACAUGUACAGUAUCGAGGCGCAGUGGAAAGAAGGCUAAGCAUCUAGAAAUAGCUACCGCUGUAAGCCCAACAUUGUGUCUAUCCGUACAAUGCAAUGGGAGAAGCACCUCUGGAGGCCUCGUCGCCAAAAUGCCAGAUUGGGUCCAGCGGUAUUUGAGAUACGCCGGCCCCAGGCCAUGAUUUGAGUUAUUCCUCCCCCGAAUGCCCCGGAGCGCCGGAAGCCCGGUGAGGCAGUGAAGUUUCCAGUGGGCCUCCCCGCCCGUCAGCAGCGCUAUUCCAGGCUGUGCACUACUAGGCCCGGGGCGUACUGUGCAGGUAGUGUAGAAAGGGCCACGCAAUGGGCUGGUCUUGAGGAGUCUUAUUUAUUUGCAUUUGUGUCCUCCUGAGCUUUAUUAUGGUAUGUGAGUACCAUAAUUACCAAUAAAAGCUCUCUUUAGUAUCUCGGACUUUUUUAUUUUAUUUUUCUUCUUUCCUCAGCCAGCUCUGAACCAUCACAAAGACAUCCUUCACCGUACUGUGUGGCAUCUCUGAAGGUCCACACGGUACGUCUACACGCGCUCACGCACCCUCAACCAAAAGGUCUCGGCCAAAUCGAUUCCCGUGCCGUGCGUGCCUUGGAGCUGCCAACUACGCUACGCUACUGCUGGUGCGUGCCCGCCACCUCCACCCUUGGACAUCAUCGACGAGCUCUUUCUUCAACAUAUCUCCCCCGUUGUUGGAUUUCCGUCCCAUUGCCUCUUCUGGCCAUCGGCCGUCUGCUUCUUUGUCCCCAUCCCAUCCCACCCUUGUAUACCUUCCUGCUACGAUAUCCCCUUGUCUCUCGCCCAUUAUGUCGUCGCUGUCCCCAGAGCAAUAUGCUACACAGCAGUCGCAAAGCCCGUCGGAAGGCGGCACCGCAAUGAGUCUCGACAUGCUCAAGAAUCUCACCGAGAAGCGGUCAACUCGAGAUGGAAACGCGCCCAAGAAGCGCGGACCCAAGCCCGACAGCAAACCCGCCCUGACCCGUAGACAGGAGCUUAACCGUCAAGCCCAAAGAACACAUCGUGAACGCAAGGAGCUCUACAUCCGCGCCCUGGAAGACGAGGUUUUGCGCCUCAAGGAAAUCUACAGCACCGUUUCCCAGGACCGCGAAAAGCUCGCUGAAGAAAACAGACUCCUCAAAGAAGCCCUCGCCCAGAGUGGCAUUGAGCUGCCAAGUUUGAGCAACCUUGACCGAAGCGGUGGUCCCGAUGGCGCCAACACCUUUGGUGGCAACACGAAUGGCCCUUCUAGCUUUGGAACCGGGCCGAGCAACACAUUCUCCCCAGGAGGCGCAUCGCAGUCUACUGCUCCAUCAACAUCGCCCGGCCAAUCGCAAGGUGGUUACAAUGCCCUAUCAGCUGGGCAGCUUCAGGACAUCAUUCAAAAGUCCUCUGCUUCCGGGCUUGAUAUUGAGCAGGCCGGUAUUGAUUUCGUACUAGCCCUUGAGCACCCAUGCAUGGUCCACAUCCCAUUUGUCAUGGAUUAUUGCACGGAAAAUCAAAACACGCCUCGCGGCCAUGCUCUUAUGGCCUCGUGUCCGUCAGCUCCGGUCAAGAAGUUGGAGGACUCGCUUUGGGGCCAGUCUCAUACCCAUGAAGCCCCAACCUCGGAUGGGUCGACGCAGGGCACUUGGGAGAUCAACAAGGCCGAUCUUUCUACACUGCUCGAAUUGAGCCGUCAUUUAGAUCUCAAUGGCGAAAUUACACCAGUCAUGGCCUGGGGAAUGCUCAUGAGCCAUCCUCAGUUUGCCGAGCUUACACAAUCGGAUUUCGUCAAGAUUGCAGCCGAACUGAAGCAAAAGGUCCGCUGCUUUGGAUUUGGGGCCGUCAUGGAAGAGUUUGAGCUGCGUGACGCUUUCGAGAGCGUGCAUUCGAACCGCAUCGAACAAGCCGCGUAUUAAGCAAAUACCUGCUAGUGCAACCCCUGCCAUCUUUUGAGUGGGGGGUGUGAUUUGCGCUAGAUGAAAAAGAAACCAAAGGCACACGCCUGUCCUGUGUGCUGUGUAUAUGAUGAAUGAGGCGUACGAUUUGCUCGGAAACUGGUAUUACAGUGUUGGUGUUGUUGUUUGCCCUUGGUACAGGCGCGAGCCGCUGCGUUUUUGGGGGCGGCGGGAUGGAAGAUGUAUUCUCCUUGUGCUAUGAAAUUAUAUAGUGUGGCUCUUUGCACUUUACUGAAUGAAUGACUACAGCAUGUUUUAUUCC